GUUUUAAAGGGUACAUGUAGUGUGCUGUGGUUGUAAAUAACCCUUCAUCUUUCUCAAAACGUUUAUUCUCUGCCUUUCAGUGUAAUUUUCUUAUCCCUUUUUUGCUUUGAUCUUGUAUAAAGCUUUGAGCAGGUGACUUAAUUCAUGACAAACCUUCGCUAAAGCCAUGGCUCCAGUCACAGCUUGAUAUACAGCACAGCAUUAGCUGUGUGUAGAAGAUUAGGCAGCACACAGAGCUUAGUUUAGUGUUACUUAAACUCUCUGCUUCCUCGUUCUGCAGUCGGUAUGCUCAGCUCUACUGGGACAGCGUCUAAUGGCUUCAUGUCUGGAUUUUGCAAGGUUGAUGAUAUAGUAUAGUAUAAUGUGUAGCAUAAUGUUGCCGCUCAGUCCCCAAAUGCAUCCGCAGUUUUUCCACAGAAGCUAAUUGCAUCAGAAGAUGGGCACCGUGAGGUUAAAUGCACUGCUGCUGCUGUUGUUGUUUGGGUCCUUCCAGAGGGGGAUUUCUCAGUUGCCUGAGUGGAAUGGAGAGCUGGAAGGUAGUGAGACAGAGUGGAUUUCCCAACCGGAUUACAUAGACGACACAUACUGGUCCGGGUCGGCACCUCUUUGUUUAGGAGGCUGUAAAUCGCGACAUGAGGAGCUGAGGAAGGAUCGCUGUGGAGACUCGAGCUGCUGCUGGCUCGGCUCCAAGUCCCUGUGCAGAGUGAACUGUGGGAGGCCAGAUGUGGACUAUAAUGGAGUUGUGUACGGUAAUGACUGGUGGGUGGGCUCUGUGGUGAGGUACUCCUGUCGCUCUGGCUUCAUGUUAGUGGGAAACCCAACCAGGUCGUGUCAGUCUAAUGGCCUGUGGACCCCGAAACCCACCUGCCUCCGAAUGUGUCAGCGAGGACGCAUUGAAAUCAGUGAGAGGGAACUAAACGGCACAUGCAACUCCACCUGCGAAUACAAGAGCUACUUUGGCCCGCCCAAACUAGGCUGCACUCGGAUAGACAACUGUAAGAAGAAGGAGACUGGCUGGAAGCGCUUCUUUGCACAAUGUGUCCCUUGCAUUUGCGACUGCGCUUUAUCAUGUGCGUCUGCAGGCUAACACAGAGAAGAUGUUGACAGUACUGUACAGAGAAACUACAGACAAAGAAGAGACACAAACCAGCUGUGAAUCAGUCACACUAUGUUUUUGCUGCUUAAUCCAAUUGUGGGGACUAAAAUCUGGAUGUUUUGAGGCGCUAAUUUAAUCUUUCCGGCACACUGACGCCAACAGUUUCCUCUUGUUUUCUUUGUUUAGGAUUAUACACGAUGACAAGAGGAUUUCUAUGCCUGAGGUUGAGUUUAGUCAGUGUGUGAGAUGUUUGGUGUCGAGUGGAUCAGAAAAUAAAAGUGAGGAAUCUGAAUCUGUUCAAAGUGUCUGAGGUGAAAUCAGACUUGGGCCAAGAAAUUAUUUAAAAUGCAGAGUGACUUCAAUUGACUUCAGUCAAAUGACGAAAAAGCGUCUUACUUUGUGUAGACAGACAGCAUUCUUCGACUGGUUGAUUUAAUCUGGGGCUAAAUAUCAUUUCUUGUCACAAAUCCCAUCUACCAGGAACAGCUUACAUGCUCUAGUUAACAUGCAUGUCUGUCAACGUGUGCAUGUUUGUGUUUCUAAGGGACAGAGAAAAAAAAAACCAAUGUUAAAAGCGAGUCGAGGGAAGUGAAACCACAGAUUAGCAUGGCUUCCUCAGCGCUCCUCCUCUCAGUCCAUCUGUCCUGGAAGGAGCUGAAACCAUAAUCUUGUUAUGAAGGGCACAGCUUUGGUCAGGGGUCAGAGUUAGCAUGGAGAGUGUUGUAAACCAACAAACAAUCUAUUUUAUUAAUUGUGUUGUAUUAUAUUUAUUUCACAAAUAUAGAGCAAAAAUAUAUUUGUUGUACAAUUAAAUCUUUAUUUUUAUAUUUUGUAGAUGGAUUAUAGAGAUGUAAAAUGAUGUCUGGUGCAUUUGUAAUGAAUAAAAAGAACAAAAAUA